UAAAAUGGUACGGCAAGAGGUUAAACGGUGUGCACGUUUGUUUCGGGAAACGUCGCGCCCUCCUCGUGGAGCAUAAAUUCUACGGGAAACCGGAAGUAACCUGGAUCGUUGCUUUCGAGAUCUGCAGCGUAGACGUCCGGUUCGCGUUAUAUUAAUAAAUUCUCGGCGAAAAAAAAGGGGCAAGAAAAGGUAAUUUACGCGCGUACAAGGUGAGAAUUAAACGCUGUCGCAUUGCUAACGCUGUCCGCCGAAGACGACCUCCGUUCUCGGCCGCGCGCGAUUCGCAUCAUGCAGUCCAUGGCGCGCGUCGUUGCGCUGAGGUCGUAGGAACGUGUGCAAGACGGUUCGAGCAAAACCGGCUUCGCAGCCGGGUGUAUACAAUGUUUGAUAAUGAAUUGUGCGUCGGAGUGAAGCGUUUCCGAAGCGAGCGAGCCGAGUUCCGUGCCACGAAUCCGCCGCGGUUUCACCUUGUGAUCCAGCGAGUCCGACAAACCGCGAAACUUCUCGGCAAGCGAGAAUAGCCGACGGUGGAAAUUUUGAUCGCUUCUCGGAUCGCAAACUUUGGCACGCGGAGAGACACCGCAUUAUUUUGGCCCUCGCCGUGUCCUUUCCGAAGCGACUAAUUUCGUUGUUUCGUACAUGUAUACGUACAUAUACAGUAAACUCGAUUGCGCCAUGAAUUUUCAGGCCGAUCGUUGCACAUAAUAAUUCCCGCGGUGCACAAUGAGUUCACGGUUCUUCGUGUACACGGAUAUCGCGCGGAACGCGAAUUUGCAAUACAGAUUAACCCGGCCCGUCGUUCAGGUUAUGUCGCGUCGAUGUCCCGCGGCAUCGAAGUCGAUUGUCGAUAAAGUGGAAAGACUUUCCUGCGAGCCGACGGUAUCGAACCAAUUAGAGCGGUGCUCUCUCGCCGAGAGAAUAUUCAAUCGGAAUCUUGAGUGCCAUUGUCUGUGGAAUUCUGCGAGAUAUAAUUCUGUCCGAGGUCUACGGAGAAUUAUUUCUUCCGAUCGAGCACGACGGUGCGGUUGACGAUGGUUCGGGAAAGUUAUUCUUUUAUGGUGUUCGAGUAGUGUAACAAAGACAUCGAGCACGGCGAAGAUGAGGAUAACGAUUGCCGUGACUUCUUCGUCGAGCCUGAUAACAAUUGCCCAGCGUACGGAAAAGAAAGAGAAAGCGCGCCGGUGUGUGUCCGAAUGCCAGUGUCGAGAAAAAGAUAGAGAAUGGGCACGAAAGUACUCAUCGAGAUGCAACAGCAGCUGAGGCAGGCCAUGCGUAGCUCGGAAAACGCGCCGACCAGCACCACCAAAAAAUUGGACGACGCGAUGGAGAUCAACGAGUCGAUAUUUCUAGUCUUCGAGGAUGUCUCCUAUAUCGCGCGGCCGUGGAUUCUGUCCAAAGCGAACUUGGAGUUGCUGAAGAAUGUGAGCGGCGAAUUCAGAGCUGGCGAACUCACCGCGGUCAUGGGACUGUCUGGCGCGGGAAAGUCUACGCUGUUGAACGUGCUGGCAGGCUUCGUGACGAUCGGCGUGAACGGGAACAUAAUGGUGAACUCAAGGACCAGAAAUCUCUCUGAAUUUAAACGAUCGUCUGCGUACAUAAUGCAGAACGACAAUUUGCAGCCGUUGUUGACCGUACAGGAGGCCAUGGACGUUGCUGCGGAUCUGAAGCUCGCCAUGAGUCAACAACAAAAAAAGCAGAAGAUCGACCAGAUUUUAGUCACUAUGAACCUCGACUCGUCUCGCGACACGCGCACAGGCUGGCUCAGCGGCGGCGAAAGAAAAAGAUUGGCCAUUGCGUUGGAAUUACUCAAUAGCCCGCCAAUUUUAUUCCUCGACGAGCCUACUAGCGGAUUAGACAGCGUCACCUCAAAGUAUUGUAUAACGUUGCUGAAGCAAUUGGCGAAGUCGGGGCAGACGGUAAUUUGCUCGAUUCAUCAGCCGAGCGCGUCGCUUCUGAGCAUGAUAGACCAUCUUUACGUGGUCGCUGACGGAUGUUGCGUCUACAGCGGUAGCACGCAGAAUUUAGUGCCUUAUUUGAGCAGCCUCGGACUGCAUUGCCCGACGCAUUACAAUCCGGCUGACUAUUUGAUGGAAAUCUGCAACGGCGAUUACGGCAGAUACGUGCCGGAAUUGGUGGAAGCUAUUGAGAAUGGAAAAAAUAACGCCUGGAGGUCGACCAGUAAUAUAAACGUCAAUUGCCAGGAGGAAGUUAUCGCUUUGAAUGUAACAGCAUCGUUCCAAGCGAUGCGACAACGGCACCAGAUGGAAAUGGAUCCUGCCCAUUGCAAAUCCAAAAGUUCCUCCGAUUACGCUACCAACUUUUUGAAACAGGUGGCCAUUCUACUGAAACGAAACGCCAUUAAACUGUCCCGGGAUAAGGUAUUAACAUUCACGCGGCUGGCAAUGCAUUUUAUAAUCGCUCUGCUCGUUGGAACAAUAUACUUCAAGAUCGGACAGGACGCUGUCUACGUUCUGGACAACUUCAAUCUUCUCUUCUUCAACAUAAUGUUUCUUAUGUUCAGCGCGUUCAGCGCGACCGUCUCAACGUUUCCCUCGGAGUUGCCAAUUAUCACGCGCGAACACUUUAACCGCUGGUACAGAUUGCCCUCCUUUUAUCUCGCCAACAAGCUCGCCGACUUCCCGAUACAGUUCGUGGCGAUCUCCAUGUACGUUCUCAUAGUAUAUUACAUGAGCGACCAACUGUUGGAACUCCGACGAUUCUGUCUCUACGUUCUAAUGUGCUUCGCCGUUAGCAUGGUUGCUCAAACGAUCGGUCUUUUAAUUGGAACCGGAAUGAAGUUGCAGCAUGGUAUGAUCUUCGGACCUCUUUUCAUUCUUCCUUUCUUAAUAUUUAGCGGAUUCUUUGUACAAUUCAGAGACGCUCAUCCGUAUCUGCGCUGGCUGUUUCAUUUGUCGUUUCUUAAGUACGGUUUUGAGGGUGUUAUGGUUGCUAUCUAUGGUUACAACAGGCCGAAGCUUUCCUGUUCGGACGUCUAUUGCCAUUUCGCAGUGCCAGAGAAGCUGUUGAGCGCCGUGGACAUGAAACAAGCCGAUUACUGGUUCUGCAUGAUCGUUCUGACAAGCUUGUACUUCGUGUUGGACAUCGGGGCGUUCGCGUUGUUGAAACUGAAAUUGGAGAAACGUUUGUAAAUCGUAAAUGUUAAACUUAAAACGUGAGACCUCUAUGAAAUUAGAUUUUCUACGGUUUAAAUACGCGUUGUGUUCAGCUUAGUGCACAUAGGAGAGUAUAAACGAAUUUUCUAUUGAAAGACUGACCUUCUAUUUGAGAUAUUUCGCGCAAUGUAAAAUGAUGUAUAACUUCGCCAAGACUGUUCGCCAAAAGAAAGCAAUUACCGUUGCAUUUAUUGCACUUUGUUAAAGAUGCGAUUGAUAUAUUAAUAUAUAUAUAUAUAGAUAUAUAUAAAUAUAAAUAUAUUAUACAGUGUUAUACAUAUAUUGUAUGCGCAUGAUAAACACACGUGCCACGAUAGGUAGAAAAAAUCUUCUUAUCUCGAGAUAGCACGUUAUCGCGAAUCAAUGACAUUCUCCCGACGAUGUGUCUCGUUUUAAACGAUAAGAGUUGAUUUUUCCGUGUUUGUACGAAUCACGUUGAUAUUGAUUAUAGCGCGCGCGAGAGAGAGAGAGAAAGAGAGCGAGAGAGAAAUGUUAAUAUAUUUUAGGAAAUAAUUAACUGUAUCUUUUGUAUUUGCAUCGUCGUAUUUAAAGGGAACAUUAAAUGAAUUCAGACACACCCGAAAA